AGUGACACAGAUAGGUUUGUACUUGCAUUCUUCUAAAACCACUAAUUGACACCUUUUUUUUCUGGAGAGAAAUAUAGCCCCUCUGUUUCCUCUCUGUGCCUAUUACAACAUCUUUCACUUGUAGUACUUACAUAGAGGUUUCCAGUCCUGCAUGCACAAUGGUAUUAGGUGGAGGAUUCAUUUACAUCUCUCUUGAAGUGCUCAUUGCAGUGGGAUGCUGUCUGGGCAAUGUGUUGGUGAUCUGGGCCGUGUGGAAAAGUGGAGCCCUGAACAAACCCACUUUCUGUUUGAUUGUGUCGCUGGCGGUGGCUGAUUUCCUGGUUGGGGCUGUGGCCAUUCCUCUGGCUGUGAUUGUGGACAUCCACGUGAAGAUUCCUUUCUAUGCCUGUCUCUUCAUCAGUUGUGUUCUCAUCGUACCGCAGCAAGCGUCAGUGCUCACGCUCCUGGCCAUCGCUGUGGACCGAUUCCUGCGGGUUCGUAUCCCAUUCAGGUACAAGUCCACAGUCACUAAGAGGCGCUCAUGGUUCCUUGCUGCUGUGUGCUGGAUACUGGCAUCUGUACUGGGCUUCUUACCCAUGUUUGGAUGGUACAACCAUGACACAUUGGCACGUUACAACUCCACCUCCAUAGACUGUCAGUUCAUUGCUGUCAUCCCUGUUACAUACCUGACCCACUUCAUCUUUGAGGGCUGUUUUCUUCCUCCGCUGGCAAUCAUGAUUGCUUUGUAUUGCUAUAUCUUUUUUAAAAUUAGGAGUGGAAGAGCAGGUUUGGCGUCUGAAACUGGUACAUACACCCAAAAGGAGUAUAAACUGGCCAGCUCUCUGGUUUUAGUCUUGGCUCUGUUUGUUGUUUGCUGGCUGCCGUUACACAUGAUACAAUGUAUCAUGUACUAUAACCAGAAUAUAAAUGUACCGUCUAUUGCUUUGUAUUUUGGCAUUCUCCUCUCUCAUGCCAACUCGAUGGUAAACCCUGUAGUGUAUGCCUUCAAAAUCCCUAAGAUAAAGCAAGAGUACAGGAAGAUUUGGAGGAGGGUGACUAGACAACAGCAGCAGGCAGAUACAAACAGCAGCAGGACUCCUGCUAGUAAUACCACUGACAGCCAUGAUGGACGACGUAAUGACAAAAUCAGUCCACAGGGAGGAGCCAAUGACAUGACUCCAUAGAAGAACUAAAGACUAAAGAAUAAUGAUUUAAUUCAUUUUGUAUAUAUAAUUGCAAUACAGCUUUUUUCAGACUAAACCUUUCUAAUUUUUCUAACCUGUCUAAAGUAGAGUCAGUGUAAAAGUUCAAAUUCAGAGUAAAAUUCAGACAACUGUUUCUAAACAUUAUGAAAAUACAUUACAAAGACUGAACUAUGAACUAUGUCAUUAAUUGGCCAUAUUGGUGGCACUGAAUGUAAACAAUGCCACUAAACCAAAUAAACCCUGCAUAUUUUGCUGAUUAUUGCUGCUGAAAAUGGUCAGUUAUUGUCAUGUUUUGGGCUGUACUAAUCGGUCGGAAGGAGAAAAACAUUUGGAGUAAUAUAGACUGCUAAAAGUUAUAACAAAUUAAUGAGAAGAAUAAAAAAAAAAAACUGUAACAAAAGGCGUUUGUGGUUGGCCAAACUGAACCAGGAUUUCCAUGGCAAAAAUCUUAACAUUUGUAUUUGUUCUUAUCAUUAACAGUCGGGUAGGUGAAAUAUUAGGCUAUUAAUUCAUACUGCUCAUAUGUUUCUUUACCACCUAUUAACUUUAGUUUAAUAUGUCUGAAUGGUUGACUGAGCUACUGUAUGACUUUUCUUAUGGCUGAAUGUGGUUUUAAAAACAGAGUUAUCUGUUCACAUAUAUAAUUAAAAAUAAACAUUUUGACAUAGUAAGUAAAUCAUAUAAACAAAUAAAAUAGCAGUAUUGCAAAAUAAAAUAAAAAAAUAAAUUAAACUAACAGUACAGAAUAAACUAAAAUUGAUAAAAACUGUAAUAAAAACAGUAUGGUACUUUAAUAAUAUUUAUUUUUAUUAAUUUAUUCAAUUUCAACAAUUACAAAUACAGACUGGUUAAAGAUGCUCCAGCCACUCUUUCUCUUGGUGUUCAUAAUGAUAUGCUUUUACUCUCGCUCACUGUGUCUCUCAAGGAAGCCAGCGCGACACUGCUUUUUUUAAACUGUGAGGUGCCCAGGUCCUGUGGCUACAAAACAAGCCCAAAAUUAUCAGUCCUUCUCCAGCAUGUUUGUCUUUUGGUAUGAGGUGUUUGUGCUGAUAUGCUUUUUAGGUGUUCACCAAACUUGGCACUGUGCAUUAUGGCCAAACAUCUCCACUUCGGUCUCGUCUGUUCAAAGGACAUUAUUCUAGAAGACUUGUGUUUUGUUCAGAUGCAACUUUGCAGACCUAAAUUGUGCUGGAAUGCUGCAAUGAAGCUUUCUUUUGCCAAGCCUUCCAAACAUGACAUUUUCAUCCCACAUUUUUCUAAUGCCAUUGUCAUGAACUUUAUCAUUUAACAUGUUAACUGAGGCCUGUAGAGUCUGAGGUGUAGUUCUUGGGUUGUCUGCCAUUUCUCUGAGCUUUACAUGGUCUGAUCUUAGGGUGAA